GACAGGCUGCCAGGGCUCCGGCGAUUCUCGGCGCGGGCUCUGCUCUGUUCCCUGCCGGCCACCAUGGAGGAAGAAGCUGGAGUGCUGAAGGAGGGCUUCCUCGUCAAACGGGGACAUGUUGUUCGCAACUGGAAAGUGAGAUGGUUCGUUCUGCUUCAGGAUAAGCUGCUCUAUUACAAAAUUGAAGGAGGCAAGAAGGAGCCUUCUCCAAAGGGCAGGAUCCUUUUGGAUGGCUGCACUAUUACUUGUCCAUGCCUGGAAUAUGAGAACAGACCGCUACUCAUCAAACUAAAGACAAAAACCAAUACAGACUAUUUCCUUGAAUGUUGCUCCAGGGAGGAACGUGACUCUUGGGCUUUGGACAUCACUGGAGCUAUUCAUGCUGGUCAUCCAGUACAGGUACAAGAACUUCACAGAAUGAAGAACUCCUUCAAACUGCUAGAAAAUAUCAGCCUCCACAAUAUAGUGGAGAGAAUGUAUGACAGCAGCACUGGAAUUAAGCUGACCCGCAAUUUGGAUCAAGGCAACAGAUACAAAGAGACCUUCACAGGUUCUGCCCUGGUGGACUGGCUCAUCUCCAACAGCUUUGCUGUGUCACGAUUCGAGGCCGUCACCUUGGCGUCCAUGCUGAUGGAUGAGAACUUCAUCAGGCCCGUGGGAGUCCGCAGCACCGAGGCCACGCGCUCCAGCGACCCCUCUGAGAAGUUCCUUGACGACUCCACUGCACUCUACAUGUUUGCUGAGAGCAGUAAGAAAAAUACUAGUUCCAAGGAAGAGGUCAAUUUUAACAUCUCUGAAUUAAGUGGCACAAUUGUGAAGCAAGGAUUCUUGGUGAAACAGGGGCACAAAAGGAAAAACUGGAAGGUGAGAAAAUUUGUUUUGAGAGCUGAUCCUGCUUUUUUGCACUACUAUGAUCCCACCAAGGAAGAUAACAAGCCAGUAGGUGGAUUCUCUCUUCGUGGCUGUCUUGUCUCAGCUCUGGAGGACAACGGAGUCCCAGCAGGAGUGAAGGGCAAUGUGCAAGGCAACCUUUUCAAAAUCAUCACCAAAAAUGACAUUCAUUAUUACAUCCAGGCCAGCUCCAAGGCAGAGCGAGUGCAGUGGAUUGAGGCAAUCAAACCACUGACAUGAGUAAUGUGGACUCCAUGCCAAAUGAGUCCACAUUUAACAGCUGCUUUGAUCACCUGAUAUAACUUGGGUUUAUUUUUAUAUGUUCUAAAGAACUUAAAACCACAUUUAUGACCAACUUCCUGCUCUCGUUGUCUGGGAGUCUUGUUUUUCCCUUGACAGUCAAUGUUCAUUAUUUGAAUCACCAUGACACCUACCAGGUCCUGGCAGACCAUGCAGACCAAAUCAAGUAGAUCCAGAAUAACACCCCCACCUUGAAUUUACCAUCAAACCAUCAAGACCAAAACAGGUGGAUACAGACAAAUGGGGCUUCAUGAAGAAACGUCAAGAUAUUCCAAGAUGGAAGAAAAGGAUCUUUUGUAUAAGUAUUCAGUCUAUGUCUGACAGAUCCAGGUUGUGCUUUAUCUUAAAGCAGAAUUGUCUUGCUCCUUCCCCCUUUAUAAAGGGGCUCAUAAACUUAGCUAGUUAAGACUGAAACAUCUAAGUCAUGAAAAGUGCUGGUAUCUGAGGCUGCCUUUCUUGGCAUACCACACGAAUCUUGUGCUAAGCCACAACCCAGCUGCCAGGAUAAUAUGCAUUGCAAAACAAACAAGGGGUCUGUCUGUCCACCCAUCUGCUCUACUAUUUAGUUCUCUGUCAGACUGGAAAAGAACAAAGGAUCUUGCUCCUCACCCGUAUAGAUUACUCUUCUGCUGGUAAUGGCCCAUGUCAGAACAGGAUCCUGAGUAUCAAAGCAGACCAGUGGAAGUUCCAGACAGUUUCUGGUAAUGAAUAUAGUGGAAGAAAUCCCUCAGCCAUAAAAGCAAGACUUUUCCUUCUGAUAAUUACCGUAAGUCCAUUUAAGUUAGAGCACAAUUUGAACAGAGAACUAUAGUAGCAGUCCUAACUAUUGCUUUUUCUAUCUUAAAUAAUUUUUUCCCAUUAUUUGUCUACUAAACUUGUCUUUGAUAUCAUUAAAUAUAAAAAAACA